AUGAUAGACCGACAGUUUCAGGUUAAUUACGAAAUUGGGAAAAUAAAAUUUCAUACGAUGUCGUUUCCAAUUAAGGAUGGACCUGGUACCGGCAAGUUAAAAGUGACUGAGAUCAGCAUACAAACAUUCGAAUCACCCAAACUUUCAUUCAAUUUUGCGCCACCAAACGGAAUUGCAUGGAAUUCAAGUGGCGGUUCUACAAAAAUUUUUGGCAGAUGGAAUGCUCGUUACAAACUUAUUAUACCGGUCAGUUCUUUACGGAAAGUACAUUGCAUAUUGGUUUGCACAUACUGCGUUUGUGGUUUGAUGAUGAUAACAAUAAUGAUGAUAGAUGUCGCCAAUCAUCAUGACGUAAUUGAUUUGAAUUGUUGGCAGUGA